AGAGAAUCGGUUGUUAUAAUUAGAAAGUGAAGAAAAGAGAAACUGGAAAAUACUAUUCAUACCAGAGCCGUUACCGUCCGUAUCGCCACUACUCUGUUUCUCUCCACUCAAUUCUCAAUUCUCCAUUCUCUCCACUUUCUCUUUUUCAAAUUUUCUUCCUCUUCAGUUCAGAUCCAUCGCCUUCUUCAACUUCAUCUCUCUCUUUAGAUUCUAUCACUCGAUUCAGGUUCAUAUUUCCAUCUUGGUAUGCAGUCAACUGCUUACAAAUUGGAAAGCAUAGAUGAGAGGUUCAUAUUCAAAUGGCUGUGAUAUAGUUCUUUCGGCAUUUUCUCCUUGUAGCUUGUUUAAGUAAAAUCUGCAAGCACAAUGAGAUGAAAAUGGUAUCACGACGCCCUGAUUCUUUCCUGAUGAAAAAACUUUUCCGGCAUUGUGCUUUGUACAGAAUUGAUUGGAGAAAACUUUUCUUUACUGGGGCCUUAAUGACCAUAGCUGGUGUUAUGCUCCAAACCUUUACACUUCCUUAUCCACUGAACAAAUGGUUCCUCUUUCCUCCUGUUACUGUUUCAUUAAAUGAACCCUUCAAUGGCGCUAUGGGUUUGAUUAGUAAGAGAGUGAAUGAAUCAAGGAUCCAACAGUUUCAACUUGUAGAAGCUGUCCCCAAAGUUUUACCGAAUUCUCCUGUUGAGUCAAAUUUCUCAGUACCAGUUGAACCAGAGAUACCUGCAGUUCCUGUUCAAAAAAGGAAGUCUGUACCAAGAAGGAGAAGGAAAAAUAUUGAUUUAGAUUCCAAGCCAAACCACACAACCCCUUCUACCCCCCCUCCUCGUAAAACUGUACCUUUCAAGUUGCAGAAAUUCGUUGGGUCCUUGAAACCUAAUCAGGCACUUGAGUAUGCGAGGAAGGAGAUCAACCAUGCCCCACUGGUUACUGAUGAUCCUGAACUAUAUGCCGCUUUAUUCCUGAAUGUUUCCCAUUUUAAAAGGAGCUACGAACUGAUGGAGAUGAUACUUAAAGUUUAUAUUUAUCCUGAUGGAACGAGACCCAUUUUUCACCACCCACAUCUCCAAGGAAUAUAUGCUUCUGAAGGAUGGUUUAUGAAGUUAAUGGAAGGAAACAAACAGUUUGUCACAAGAGACCCAGAAAAAGCUCACUUAUUUUAUCUUCCAUACAGUGCACGCCAACUGGAAAUGGCCCUAUAUGUGCCUGAAUCACAUAAUUUAAAACCACUAUCAAUAUAUCUGAGGAACUAUGUGAAAAAGAUUGCUAAAAAAUAUCCUUUCUGGAAUCGCUCACAUGGGUCGGAUCACUUCCUUGUUGCUUGCCAUGACUGGGGUCCUUACACUGUAAACGAGCACAAGGAACUGAGUAAAAAUACCAUAAAAGCUCUAUGCAAUGCUGAUCUUUCAGAAGGAGUCUUUGUCCGUGGAAAGGAUGUUUCCCUACCAGAAACUACCAUAAGGACUCCCAGGAGGCCUCUUAGAAAUGUUGGUGGUGGAAAGAGAGUAUCACAACGUCCUAUCCUCUCCUUCUUCGCUGGUUACAUGCACGGCAGGGUUCGUCCAACGCUACUGAAGCACUGGCAUAACAAAGAUGAAGACAUGAAAAUUUAUGGGCCAUUGCCUGCCAGAGUCUCCCGAAAGAUGUCUUAUAUUCAACACAUGAAGUCAAGUAAAUAUUGCAUAUGCCCAAUGGGGUAUGAAGUCAACAGUCCCAGAAUCAUUGAGGCCAUUUAUUAUGAAUGUGUCCCAGUGAUUAUAGCAGACAACUUUGUUCUUCCUCUUAGUGAGGUAUUAGAUUGGGACGCUUUUUCUGUGGUUGUGGCUGAGAAGGAUAUCCCCAAUUUAAAGGAGAUCUUAUUGGCUAUUCCAUUAAAAAGAUAUCUCACUAUGCAAAUUAAUGUGAAGAUGGUGCAGAAGCAUUUUAUUUGGAACCCAAGACCCAUAAGAUAUGAUUUGUUCCACAUGAUUCUGCAUUCUAUCUGGUUUAACAGGUUAAACCAGAUUCAAAUAUCAUAGUGGAUUCUCUUGCUAACAUGACCAAGUUUCUCUACUAACAGUAAUUAUUGAGAGGCUUUUCGACACGUUGCUCCCACAGCACAAUUGAUUAACACUAAGGUAUUCAGCAGCACUUAACCCCUUCCACUUGGCUUCAUAUUCAGACUUCAGUAACCCAAUGCAUUAGAUCGAUACAUGAAUAAAAAUUUGAUUAGAAGAACAUGAUGACUGGUUUGAGAAGUUGUGUUACAGGUAUUAUUUAUAGCUAACUUUAUUGAUAAUGUAGAGGAUAUUUUUUUGUAUGUUGUCUAAAUGUAGAAAUGGGUGAUCCAUUUUUUAAUCCCAUGUAUCUUUUUCAGGAGUUUGAAUUGGUCUAACCUUUUGGUGUUUAUGUUCAAAAGAACCUCUUUGUUUGUUUCAGUAUGAAAACAAUGUCCCAAACUACCA